AUGUUUGCGCGACGCCGGCCGGCAUCACCAUCUCAACCCACACCUCCUAGCGCCGAACCAGUCAACAACCCGACGAGUCUGUUGAAUGCCCCCGAAGCUCACCACAAUGAGCCUGCCACUGGUUUCGCCGAUAUCUACGGGUCAUUGACACCCCGACAAAUCAGCGUUAUCACUAUCGGAUCGGCCAUUGGAACGGGUUUGAUGGUUGGUACGGGAAGAGCAUUGUCCAUGAGCGGCCCUGCAGCCAUUAUCAUUUCAUAUACCAUCGUCGGAUUUGCCGUCUUCCUUGUUCUCUCCGCUUUAGGUGAGGUCGCUUCGUGGCUGCCGAAGCCAUAUACAGUCGCCGACCAGGCUGUCCGAUUCUGUGAUCCGGCACUUGGGUUCAGCUUGGGCUGGAUCUUUUGGUUGAAAUAUGCCCUCGUCACGCCGAACCAGCUGACUGCUGCGGCACUUGUCGUCUCUUACUGGGUAGAUGCUGAGCGAGUCAAUCCCGGAGCAUGGAUUACAAUCUUUCUCUCGGUUAUCGUGACGCUGAACUGCAUUAGCCACAAGUUCCCCAGUCGGAUUGAGUUCUAUGUCUCUUCGUUUAAAUUGGUUGUCAUGCUGGGACUCAUGAUUCUGUCUACGGUUAUUGCGUUGGGCGGAGGACCGGAUCAUGAUCGCAGAGGGUUUCGGUAUUGGUCGGAUCCUGGUCCUUUUGGGGCUCAUCACCACCAUGCACAUGGGUUGCUCGAGAAGUUCUAUAUCACUUGUUCGACUAUGUCUUCGGCCACGUUUGCAUACAUUGGGAGCGAGAGAUCGGGUAUCUGCCACUUUCCGAAUGUUGAAAAGGCCACAUCGCGGGCAAUCAAGAAUACCUUCUAUCGGAUCAUGGUGUUCCAUCUUCUUGCAAUCACUCUUCUUGGGAUGAUUGUUCCCCAAGACUCGGUGUCUGUGGCCUUCAACAGCGAAGCCAACCAUGAAGCUGCAGCAUCGGCUUUCGUCGCUGCUCUAUACUUGGCCGGGAUCUCGGUUCUACCCGAUUUGCUUAAUGCAUGCAUUUUGUUAUUCGUCUUGUCCAUUGCAGACUACGAUCUCUACUUGGCAACUAAAGCAAUGUGCGAUCUGUCACUCAAGCACCGUGCACCUGCAUUUCUAUCACGCACCACUAGCCGCGGCGUUCCAAUCUACUCCUUGGGCGUAUGUUCGUCAAUGGCUACACUCGCGUAUCUCAAUGUCUGUCAGGACUCGACGGUCGUCUUCCGGUAUUUCGUGGACAUGGUCACCAUGCUUGGCCUUCUGACAUGGAUUUCGAUCCUCAUCACCCACAUCUCAUUUGUGCGUGCACGAAGGGCCCAAGGAAUCCCAGACAAGGCUCUGGCCUUCAGGGCUCGCUUCGGUCUACCGGGAACCUGUUUGGCUCUGGUUCUUUGCCUUUUCAUCGCCGUCACAAUUGUCUUUGACGCUUUCAGUUACGAGGCUGGUACCCGGAAAUUCGAUGCCGGGUCGUUCAUCGCCUCCUACAUCAGUAUCCCUUUCUAUAUUAUUUUGCUUAUCGGGUACAAAGUGGCUGUUGUCAACAGCAAGCGUGUUCUCCCCAUAGAAGCCGAUUUGUGGACGGACAAGAACGAGCCGGAACACGAGAGCGUGGAAGUGAAUUGA